UUGUUUUCAGAAACAGAGGAAGGAGGGAAGACUCGAACAGAUCGGCAGCAGCCGAUCGUGUUCCUCUAAAUCAAGUUUCUCAAAAUUCUAAAAUUCGAAGUGACAAAUUAUCGUCGAAGACGGUGAAAUAAAAAGAAAAUUUCGAAAGCAGCAGAUAAACAAAAUGACCGGAGUAAAGAGGCAUUCCGACAGGCGGAGCAUACGCAAGAAAAAAGGGCGGAGCCGUAAGCCAAACAUCGCCAUGCUCGUUUACCAGUACCUCAGGCUAGGCCCCCAGACGGCCGAGUCCGAGCCUAACAGCGUUUGGUCCCAAUCACCUAAGCAUCGCAAAGUAGUACGGAAUUCCUUGCACCCCCGAGUCACCAACGCCAAUAACACGGUCAACCAGCAGAGAAAAACGUGCAAGAAUUGCGGAGCGCUGCGCACUGCCGAACAGGAAAAGUUUCCAAAAGAGAGGAAUUACGAUUUCGAAGCAGCAAACGAGACGAAGAAGUACAUCCAGAAGGCCCUCAGCUUCGGCAUAGAAGCCAAUUAUCUAAUUCCAGUGGACGAUAGCGGCAGGAUUGUUCGUGUUUCGUCGGAUCUUGUGCACGACGGCACUUAUUUAAGGGAUACCGGGACCUUCGAAGAUACAGUUUCACAAGAUAAGGAGGGAAGCCCUCAACGGUCUCCGAUUAAAUGGGCAGACGACGAUGUGCAAGAUGCUAGAAGACAAAGAUCGCGAAGGAAGCGACGGCGAUCUCGGUCCAGAAGGCGGAGAUCUCGUAGACGCAAACGUGGUAGAAGACGCAGCAGGUCCGACAACGCGGACUACGAGGUCGUCGAGGAGGACGAUUACAAGUUCGAUAACCAGCCGGAGAGAAAGAGCAGCUCGGAGAACGCGGGCAAAGAAAAAAGGAAUGAUCGAUCGCACGAAUCGGACGGCGAGAAAACAAUCGUGCAGAGGGAGGAGGAGGGCUCGGAUUUGUCGUUGGACGACGACGAGACCGACGAGGAUGAGAAGAAGGCGGACGAUGCGGAUAAAUCGUGAUCAUGGGCCGAUAAUCGCGCCGCGGAACUUUGUGCCGACUUCAAACAUACUUUCGGCGAAUUGAGCAGAGGGUCUGCCAACGUCUCGGCUGUAAUAUAAAGCAACGUCGAAUCGGUGAUGAAAAUUUCGGACAGAUUCUACUAAACGUGGACGUCGUUUUUGCUUCUUUUACACCUGCCUAUCAAAGAUCGAACUUAUAGGACAACAUUUCGAAAACGCGAUGGAGUCGCGCCGAAUUGCAGCUGAAUUUUUGGCAAUUUCUAUAAAUCUAGACCAAUCUGGAACGUAAAAUAGCGAUUAUUAAUGACGUUUGAUUUAAUGACUGCGAAGGGUUGAACUCUGCCUACAAUCUGUCCGACGACAAUACACGAUUAAAUUUGACGACGAGACAUAAAUUUCCGCAGUGCGAUCGUUUACAUUAAUUUUCUACAACGUUUUCCAUCGAUGCUGACGCAUUGUAUGCGGGACACGUAUUAAUACGUUUUUCGUGUAUCGUUUGUUAAAGAGCGUAUUUCUGUCAUAAUAAUGUCUUUUGAUUGGAAGAUAUUGGAGGAACUUGGAGCCGAUGAGCAUUCAUAGGAUAUUGAUAAUAGAACGACUUUCCGAAACAGUUCUAGUGACAUCGUCGAAACAAUGGCCCGCGUGCAACGUGUCCGAUGCGAACUUGGCAAGAAAGAAAGAUGAAAUGCGUGUAAUUAUAUGCUUAAUUUACGUGAAUAUCGUUUUGCUGUGAUCGUGGAUCAAUUUUACGUGCGCACCGUUCGACAGAGACUGUCCGCGCAAUAAAACCGUAACAGUACGCUAUGA